UCGAGGCACUGGGUCCCUGCUGGCUGGUGUACCCACGCUGGCUAGUGCAACGUUCCAAAUCUACCAACCCAUCAACGUCGAAGAUGAGCGAUAGCGAGUCUUCUCCCAAUGACAACGCAACGUAUCCUACGUACUUACGCCCGUUUGACGGGGUAAUAGCGGACGAUGGUCGACCUAGUGUCACAGGCAUCACUGCUGAUAACAUUGGGAUGUUAUUUAUCGUCUCCGCCCAGUUUUUCUACGUUUGCGUGUAUAGUGCGGUUAAGAUACUGAACGGCUUGGAGCCUCGAAUGCACACGUUUCAGGUCAUUACAAUUAGGAUGACCAUCACGUUCAUUUGUUGCGUGGUAUACAUGCCCUGUACAAACAACGGCCUACAACUGAUGACACGAAAGACUAUCAUGCGAAUCCCUGAUCCAGUAGCUGGCUCAAAAGCUGUUCGGGCGUUACUAGUACUUCGUGGCACCAGUGGGUGCGUACCGAUCUACGCGCACGACCUUGAUUUUCCAAUGAUCUUUCCAUGGUCAAGGUUUUUCGGGUUAUAUGGCAUGUAUUGGUCACUUCAAUACUUGGCUGUCGCAGAUGCGACAGUCCUGCUUUUCUUAACACCUCUUAUGACAGCGGUGGUUGGAUCCAUCCUGUUGAAGGAGAGCUACUUCAUCGAUCCGACUGACUCACCCCAGUAUGACACUAUAUGGUAGGUUAUAGUGGCCAGGAUGGUCUUUCACAUAGUUUCUGUGAAUUGGAGUCCAAUUUUGACUGGUGUAACGGUAUCACCUUUACCUGCUGCGUGUUAUAUAUGUCUGUCAGUUGCCUUUCAAACAACGACCUACAGCUGGCGACGGCGGCGGCCCCCACUCGAGGUAUUAUCGUGACGAUCCUUAAUCCGAUAUCUGGCCAAAGGUGUUCAAAUGCUACUGGUCGUUUAUGGUAUCAUCGAGUACUGAAUUUUGACCCAGGUUCAAGACCUCAUAUUUUGU